AUGCCAGGGUUAGGUUUCCACCACCGCGCCGUACCUCCGCAGAGCCCCAGCCAGCUCGCGCAAACACGUCGUCCCAUCCCAACGCAACUUUCAUUAAAUUCCCCCAUCCUCGAUCGACACACGCACACGCCCCGCACCACCCCCGACGAUGUAAACACGGCGAUUAGUUUAGGGCCUAACACUCCCUCUCCCCCCGACACCACAAAACCCCCCCUCUCGCCCUCGCCCUCGCGCCGCACGGCAUCGCACACUCUCACGCCGCUCAAAACGCACAACCUCUACCACCAGCGGCGCAGCGACGAAACGCACGGCACCGGCCUCGGCACCAACCCCAGCUUCAACGGCUACAUCCUCUCCCCACGUCCCUCGCCGCCCUCGCGGCUGCCGCGAAACGGGUUUGUGUCUGGAGGAGGAAGCAGCGGGUCGCCGGAUCGAGAGAGAGACAGGGGCCGCACGCGCAUCAGGGAUCGGGAGCGCAAGAGGAAGAAAGAGAAAGAGACAGCGCGCGAGAAGGACGUGGAAGCAGGGAGCAGCAGCGAGAGCAGUGAGGAGGAGGCUAGAAGAAGAAUAAGAAACACAUCCAGCAAAGACCAGAAGAGCAAUUGGAGCGCCAUGGCGAUGUUCUCCGCAAUCUUCAAGCGCUACGACCCCAACAACACCGGGAGUAUCUCCAUCCGCGACUUCAUCCCCCUCAUCCGUUCCAUCGAAGCCUCCCUCCCGGGCUGCCCCAAAUACGGCAUCCUCCAACAAACCUCAGAGGCCACCAUCCACCAGACAAUCGACAAAGCGCCCGACCUCCUCCUCACCGAAGACGAGUUCAUCCGCGCCUUCGACGACAUCAACAAGGACCAGGGCAUCCUCGAGCUCAUGGAGCACCAGCGCACCGGGGAAGAAGAAGAAGAAGAAGUCUUCGAAGCCACCGGCUCCCCCACCAUGAUCUCCCGCGACGGCCCGCCGUUCAGCGCCGGCUCGCCCCCCCUCUCCCCCUGCUUCCACGAAGACGCCUCCGGCACCUCCCUCUGGCACGCGCUCGUGGGCCCCGUGCCCCCCUCCCCGCGCAGCUACAUCUACAACGACGCCGACGACACAACCGGCAUUCUCUCCAGCCCACUCAACACCUCCACCCCCCUCGGCGCCGCCGCCGCAGCCGCAGCCACAACCCCCAACCGCCGCUCCCUCCCCGGCGUCACCACGCCCCGCCGCUUCUCAAGCCCCAACCGCCCCGGCACAAACCCAACCCUCCGCUCCGGCUCCCCGCGCCCCCUCUCCCGCGGCGGCGGACCCACAGAACGGAGCAUCUUCCCAGGCCCGCCACGAAUGGCGCCGCUCCGCCCCGCGGGCGACGACCGUCCCUCCUCCCGGCCCGCCUCGCGCGGCCGGUCGCGCGGCGGCUCCAGCGGCAGCCGCUCACGCCGCAGGCGCAGCCUCACGGGGCUCGCACCAUUCGAAGUAGACAUGGAGCUCGCGCUGUUCCGGCCGAACCUUCUCUCGCUUGAGACGCCGACGACGAUCGAGAGUCUGCAGGCGCUGACGGCGCUCGAGGUCAUGACCGUGCUGACGGACUUCCGGUAUGCAUGGGCGCUCGCCGAGGCGCGGGGGCGCGAGCUGGGGGAGCUGCGUGUGCAGAUGGAGGCGCUUGAGCGGCGCGGGGUGGAGAGCGCUGAGUACGAGGAGGGGCGGAUGGGGGAGCUUGUGCGGCGGUGCGAGGAGGCGGAAGGCGCGGUCGGGGUGGUGUAUGAGCAUAACGCUGUGCUGAUCCGGGACCUGGGACGGGUGGAGGCGCUGUAUGUGGCGCUUGAGAAGGACAUGGAGCGGGUGUGUGAGGAGCGGGAUGACGCUGUUCGUGCGGUGGAGCGGGAGCGCGCGGAGAGGGGGAGGGUGGGGGAGAAGAUGGCGAGGUUGCAGAAGCACCUUGGGCGCGUGGAGGAGGAUGGGCUCGACUCGCUGCGCGUGCUGGAGAGGAAUAAGGACGAGGCGGCGAAAUAUGUGGCAAGGAUUAAUAGCCUCAAGGAGGCGGUCGAGCAGCGCGACGAGGUCAUCCGCGGCGUCAAGACCGCGCUCGCGGCGUCCGCGGAGCAGAUCAGCGUGCUGAACACGGAGCUGGCAGCCUGCAAGGCCGACGUGGAGCACCUGACCCCGGGCAUGUCGCCGAGUAAGGGCACGUUCCGGCGCACGCGGACAUCGCUGGGCAAGAUGCUGGGCGGCGUGAAGCUGGAUGGGCCGAGCGAUGACGAGAACCGGUGGGGGUACAGUUCGGAGCCGUCGGUGAGCGAUGGGAAUGGCAGUGGCAGUGGCGGUGGACGCUUUGGCAGCUUGGGGAGUGUGGGCUAUGAUACAACAAUCGGUGAGUACCCGCACGGCUUCCGCGAAAAGGACUGGGAGGGCUAUGUGCCGCCACCGGCGCCCCCCGAGAACAGUGGUGAUAAAGAAGAAGAAAACGAAGACGAACAAGAAGAAGAAGAACAAGAAGCUAAAACAACAGACAAAGCCGUCUCCGAAGAGGAAGACUCCGGGCUCCAGGAGCAGCAGCAGCUCGGGAAGCUCCGCGACGACGUGACAACGCCGACACAAGAGACGUCGGGCGGCGAGAGGACGCUGCUGGAAGCGUUGGGGGGUGCAGCGGCGGGACAGGACGGCGUGACGCAGACGAGGCUGCUGAGGCUCGAGGCGGUCAAGGAGAUGGCGAAGGACUAUCCGUACCGUGAGCUUGUGCUCGACAUGGCGCGCGACUACCCGUUCGCGCAGCUGAUCUCGGACCUGGCAGAUGAGUAUCCGGCGCUGCUGACGCCGCUGCCGCCAAUAGGGAAGGACGAUGAGAGGCUGUCGGAGCCGGAGGAUCUGGGUGAGCUGAGCGGGUCGAGUGAAGGUGGUGAUGUGAGGUUCUCGGAGGAUGAGGAUGUGGACUUUGUAGAGGAAGAGGAUGAGGAGGAGGAGGAGGAGGAGGAGGAGGAGGAAUACCUAGAAGAGGACGAUGAACAGGAGCUAGAAACCGAAACCGAAACUGGGGAUGGAGGCAAAACAGCCGUCGAAGCACCACCACCAACGCCGUCGGAAACGGCACUGCCGCCAUCACGGGCACCGACGCCGGAGAGUAAGGCGAGGUCGUCAGGCGGGUCGCCGAACAGCGUGGAUAGCGCGUCGCAGACGGAUCCGGCGCCGAGUCUGGUUAGUGGGAAUCUUAGGGGAGGAUGGGCGGGGCAUGGAGCGCCGGGUGUUGCUGGCGGAGGAGAUGCUGGCGGUGAUGCUGGUGGAGGAGGUGGUGGUGGAGGAGGAGGUGGUGCGGGCGUUCCAGCUCCGCCACCAGCCCCGGCCUUAGUUCCGGCUCCAAUCCCGGCCCCAGUCCCGGCCCCAGUCCCAGUCCCGGCUCCAGCUCCAGGCGGUGAUGGUGAUGCUGGUGGAGGUGGAGAUGCUGGCGGAGGUGGAGGUGACGGUGACGGUGGAGGAGGAGGAGGUGGUGGUGGUGGUGGAGGUGGCGGCGGUGGGGAUUAUUCCAGCGGCGUCUCAUCAGACGAAGCCCGCAACCGCCGAGCCAAACGCCGUUCAUUCCGCGACAUUCCGCGCUCCCAAUGGCCGCACCCGCACGACUACGGCAUGGGAAUCCCAGCCGGCCGUGCCCCCGUCGUCGCCGGCGCCCUCCCGCGCGACCCACAACUCUUCCCUCCCGGCGACCGCGGCCAGAACGAGCCCUACGCCGACUACAUGCAGUACUACUACGGCAACUACCUCACCGUCGACCAACGCAUCCCGCGCGGCGCCGCCGGCCGCAACUACGAAGCCUACCGCCAAUACUACUUCGGCGCCUACAUGCGCACUCCCGCGGACCGCGCCGCCCCCGGCCAAGCCGGCGAGCGCGACCCGCGUCGCCGCGCCUUCAUGGCGGGCCGCGAGCGCGCCGCAGCCAUGGGCGACGGCGCCUACAUUGGCAAAUUCCGCAUCCCCGCUCCGGACGGCGAGUACGUGGAGCGCAUCUGCACGACGCUCGAGACGCGGGUGCGGCUGCAGCAGCUGAACGAGCAGGCGCGGCUGACGAUCGACGAGGCGCACGAGGUGGCGCGGUUCGUCGAGAGCCAGUUUAACCCGCCGGAGAACGUGCUGCUGAAGACGAUCUGGCUGCUGGCGGGGCGGGUGGAGCGGGCGUCGCGGCGCGCGGUGAGGCAGGCAGAGUGGCCGAGGGAGGAUAGACUGGAGACGUUGGUGCCGUAUCAGAGCCCGCUGGGCGUGCUGGCGUGGCCGUGGAGGAUGUUGUGGCAUAUAUUGAGGUCGAUGGAUUGGGCGGACUAUCAGGCGCUGGCGAGCAACGAUAAUAUCAUGCUGGUGAUGAAGAAUAACGGCAUGAUCGGCCUCGACGAGUUCCCUACCGUCGCCGUCCCACCAGACGGUCCAGCCCCAGCCCCAGCCCCCGUUCCUGCCGCUGCCGGAGACGGCCCUGUCCCCGCCGCCGCUGGAGACGGCCCCGCUGCCGCUGCCGAGCCCCAAACACCCACCUACCUCGUCGACCCCAUGACCGGCCUACGCAUCCGUCGCCCGCACGCGCGCCGCAUCCCACUAGGCCGCUCCGCCGACCUUCUCCGCGCCGGCCCGCGGCCAUCCGCAGCCUGGAGCAUCCUCUCCUUCAUCCUGAUCAGCGGUCUCGUGAGCCUAACAAUGUUCAACGUGUACAUGUACGCGCGUCUCAAGGUGCACCAGCGGGGGUGGGAGGAAGGAUUGGGCGUGUAUACGCACCGGCCAAACUGGUAUGAUUCGUGCUAUAUGAGCUGCCGCAAUGACCAGUAUCGGUAUGAGGCGCCUGGCGGGCUGAGGAGGGCCGUGGAGAGGCUGGCGGAGUAUGUGGCGCCGUUGUUGGGGGUGGAUGAGGAGUGUUUGGCGGGUGGGCCGCCGCCGACGUAG